AAAAUAUUCAUACCUCUACCGCAAACUACAUGACUGACGUCAGUGGCGACGCGACGGAAUGGGGGGCAGCAGAAGAACGGAAGUAGGUUCGUGGAAAAAAUAAAUUAAUAAAAAAAAACAGACCGAAAAGAAAACACUAUCACAGAAAAGUAUUAGGAGGUAGGAUAAAGAGAAAGAAGACACAUACACACAACUUAGAAAAAAGAAUCUUUUUUUUUCUUCUUCUUGGGCUUGAGUGACUGACAGUCCUGAUCUCGCCAUGGAGACGGAUGGUGAUCAGAACUCUGGCUCGGCCAAUGGUAACACAGCCUCCGGGGGAAGUUCUCGCCCCACACAGAUAGCACAGAUGUCGCUGUAUGAGAGACAGGCUGUACAGGCUCUCCAGGCGUUGCAGAGGCAGCCCAAUGCAGCUCAGUACUUCCAGCAGUUGAUGCUCCAGCAGCAUAUCAGCAGUGCUCAGCUCCACAGUUUCGCAGCCGUGCAGCAGGCUACACUUGCAGCUAGCAGACAGGCCAGUUCUCCCAGUGCCAGCUCUGCGCAGCCCACCAGUACAUCCCAAGCUACCAUGAACUUAACCACAUCUUCUGGGGGCGGUGCCUUGCUGACAUCACGAGCAACGGGCCCUGUCCCCUCCACACAAGCCAGUGCUCUGAACCAAUCAGUGCUGCUGGGCAGUGCAGGGGCGGGGCAAGGGCAGAUGUAUCUCAGAGUGAACCGCUCUUUGAGAACUCCCCUCUCCUCUCAGUUCAUCCUUAUGCCGGGUGGGGCUGCUGCCAUGGCAACAGUCCAACAGCAGCAGCAACAACAACAACAACAGGAAGUCCCGCCCACAAACACCAGUGGCCAUCCCGACAUCGACCAGGUUCAGAACCUGGCACUGCGUUGCCCUCCCAGCUCUACAGUGGUGUCUGUCUCAGCUGCUCCAGGACCUGCUCAGAGAACCACUCUGCCCAAAACAGAGGGAGCAGGACAGGGGGAGAAGAAAGCAGGAGGAGAGGGCAUCAAUCUCACCAGGAAUACCAGCAACUCGCAGGCUACUCUUAUUACUACAGCACCUUACUCAUUGCUUCAACAGCAGUUCACUUCUCACCAACAACAAAAAACAAAUCAGAGCCAACAGAACCAGCAGCAAGUUGUAAUGCAUCACCAGCAGCAAUCAGCAAGCAGCCUGGCUACACACCACACAAAUCAGCAACAGCAUCAGCAAGCAAACAACACGGCCACAGCCAUGCAGCAGACGCACCAUUGUAGCGCAUCCAGCACCAAUGCAACUUUGAACAACUCCCAUUGCCUUGUAUCACUGGCCAACGCAGCCGCCCACCAGCAGCAACACCCCAGCUCCUCCCAGUCGUCCCAGCAGAUGGUCCUCCAUACCUCCACUCCCAGUUACCAGCCCCGAGCCAUCACUUCAGUGACCAACACCGCUCAGAUUCUGCACACCUCGGUGGCGGUUGGGCUGUCGCAGAGCAACCAGUCCGUAGGGGGAGCCCAAACACUGGUGGUGCAACCAUUACCACCCCAGAAUCAGACCUCCUACGAAAACAGCUUGUCAGUAACCCGUCACAGCAACCUGACCCCAGUUCCCAUACAACCCAAAACCGGUUCACAAAUGGUGACUGCCACCGCCCAGCUUAAGAUCCCAGUUCCGGGUUCCCAUUGCCACGCCCAGUUCCCAGUCAAACACCCUCCCCCCAUUUUACCGACCCCCCCUUCUCACGCUCCCCACAUUCCGGUUCAGCUGGUAGGAGCCAGGCAGCCAGGGCAAGCGAGUGCCCAGGCUUUGGGCCUAACCCAAGCGAUCUCCGUUAGUAGCGCGCAAAGCUGUAACAGUAACAGCAGCACAAUGGGUCACAUUCAUAAUAUUCAACACAGCGGGGUCUCUCAGCAACAUGUGCAUGUCAAGCCUCUCUCUGGGGCUGUCCAUGACAACAGUCAGGCCAAUCGCCAUCAGCAAGGAGGAGGAGGAGGAGGCGGGAAGGCCCAGCAGCCAAUGGGAUCUGGUAAUGUGCGUGUGUCCCCCACUACCGCUACUUUUGGGAAUGUCGGUAUAGGCUUCUCUUCUUCGGUGACGACGGCAGCUGUGUUGCCCCAGCAACUGCAGUUACCACAGCAACAGAGCCCCCAGCAACAACAACAGCAGCAGCAGCAGCAGCAUCAGCAGAAACAACAGCCCCAGAUUGUCAGACCCUGUUCUGGUGCCAUUUGCGGUUCUGUGGGGCCUGGAAGUGUUAGUGGCGCUAGUGCCGCCAUGCAGACCUCUGCGACGGACGUGACACCGAAGACAGGAUCUGCUGCAGCCAGCGGAGUAUAUGUGCAGCCACUUCAACUGCAGGUUAAGCAGCCAGUGGGAGGAAUAAAAAGAAAGGUAGAGGCAGAUGAACUGAAUGAGACAAAGAGAGCGAGCCCCCCCUCCCUUCAUCCCUCAUUGGAGGGGUCAUACCAAAAACCAGACAACACCCCAGAGAAAAACCAGACCUCAGACCUCACUCCACUUGACCCCUCCUUCUCCAGCCCCUCCACUGCCUGCAGGGGUGUGGCCUCAGGCCCCUCCCUCUUGUCCAGCAGUCGCCACGGGAACGAUUCCAAGCCUCCCCAGGCCAUUGUGAAGCCACAGGUUCUGACUCAUCUCAUUGAGGGCUUUGUGAUUCAGGAGGGCGCAGAACCUUUCCCUGUGGGUGGACCAGUGAAAGACAGGCAGGAAGGAGUGUCCCCUCUCCUAGCCCCGUCCCCUUCCUCACUUCCUGAUCACUAUUAUCAAAACACAGUCUCUAAUGGGAAGUCCUCUCUGCUGAAGUGCGAGUACUGUGGGAACCUGGAGCCUGUGCAGCAGUUCAGAGGAUCCAAGCGCUUCUGCUCCAUGACCUGUGCUAAGAGGUACAACGUGAGCUGCAGUCACCAGUUCCGCCUGAAACAUAAGAAGGUGAAGGGGGCCGGGCUUGCGGAUGGGGGAGGAGUCAGGAUGAGGCGCAGGGGUCCUCACAGGAGCAGCAGCGAGAUUGCCUGUGCAAAAAUCACUGGUAGACACCUUGAUAUCAAGACUCGCUCUGAUUCCAGCCGAGGCUCGGAUGAGAACUCCAGCUAUGAAGACGAGGCUCCCUCCCCAAGCCCCUCACCUUCCUGCUCUCGACCCUCCCACUCUGAGCAGGCUGCACGUGAUUCGUCUGGAUCCGCUCCUGCUGAGCUGCCAUUGGAUGGCGUGCCUCACUUCCUGUCUGGGAGCCCUGCCCAUUGGAGCGUGGAGGAAGUGUGCGAGUUCAUUUCCUCUCUGCAUGGCUGCCAGGAGGUGGCGACAGAGUUUCUGGCGCAGGAGAUUGAUGGGCAGGCCCUGCUGCUUCUGAAGGAAGAGCACCUGAUGACCACCAUGAACAUAAAGCUGGGACCAGCGCUGAAGAUCUGCGCGCGCAUCAACAUGCUGAAGGAGGGCUAGGGAAUGAGUCAGGGAUGGAAACAAGACUCCCAUUGCACAGCGGUUUGAUCCAUUCCUAGUUUUACUAUAAGUUUAAUCGGACACACCUGAGCUCAAGCCCGUAGUAAAACCUGGACUGGGUUCAAGUGCUAUGCAAUAGCCUUAUUUCCAUCCCUGAAAGUCUGUCCAGUGUGACGUUCAAACUGGGUCCAGGAACACCAGUGAAUGCGGGCACACAGGAGUCGGUCGAUCUAAACACUGCCACUGCUUAGAUCAGUUGAACAGACCCCAUAGUCCCCAAAAUAAGAUUUGUAAAAAACAUAUUGGGAACAGUCGCCAAGAUUUAACGGAUUACAGCCACAGGCAAUCCAAGGAGGCUGUAGGAGUCUUAUGAUAAAACGUCUGGAGAGGGUUUAAGUAGAACAAUGUAAACUGUCUUUAAAGAUGGCAGUGAUAAUGUUACUGGUGCACUAAUAAGAGUUAAGGCAAUGUAUACCCUUGGUUAGCACCCCUUUGACGAGGGACCAGUGAUGAUGUUGCUAUUGUUAAAGGAAGUUAAGGAAGUUGAUUUUCAAGACGACUUGUUAAGCACUCCUUUGAAGGUGGGGGGGGGGGCAGUGAUAAUGUUGCUAGGGCUAAUUUAGAGGUAAGAAAAUACAUUUGAAAACCUUGGUUAGCACUUUAAUAAACAUCUGUUUGGAACGUUGCUUGGGGAAUUUUUUUUUGUAUGGUUUCAGGUUUACAAGUAGACAGUCAUAGCAGGCAGGAAUACAUUGUGUUGAAUGCAGAACACGCAGACUUUUUGUGUGUGCAAGACUGUCCUGGGCAAAAUACUUGAGGUGCAGCAGAGGCCCUCCAUGAAUAGCAUCCAGACAGACAGACCACAGCCAAGUCAAACCUGUUGAUCAGUACUCUAUGCGCUCAUGUCUACUAGGACUGUCUUAAGAAAUACUGGAAGAAAAUAAACUUCAUGAAGUUUAAUAGUGUUUCUAAUAGUUUAAGAGAUGAUACUAUGACUGUCUACUUGAACCUCAAACCAAACCAAAAGACAUAUUUUCGAUGAAUGUUCUUGUUUCCCCUGCUACUUUGUGAAUCACUCUUUAUACACAAUUUUGAGUGAGUCUCUCCAUGCAGGAUGUAGCUUGGUUAUAAACAGCAAUGGUUUUAAAAAAAUGAUAUAUUCAUCUAAAGAGAGAAGCUACUGAAUGGAUCCUCACCAUGUAGGUCUGUUUUUAAUUAACCCACAGAAAACUCCACACAUUAUGCUGAACUGAAUAUGUAUAUAAAACUGUAGGUUACCAUUUAAGCACAUUUGAUUUGUUAAAAAAUAUCUUUGACUUCAACAUUUCUUUAUUUUAAAUUUGGAAUUUUACCCCCGACUUUUCUCCCAAUUUGGAAUGCCCAAUUAUUCAACCCGGCUCACCGCUGCAACCCCUGCACUAACUCGGGAGAGAUGAAGGUGAGCACUCACGUCCUCCGAAACGUGUGCCGUCAGCCAUCUGCAUUUUUUCGCACUGCAAGCCUGCCGUGAAGCCAUUACAGAACUACAGCGUUGGAGGAUCAUGUAGUUCUGAAUUGCACACAGGCAGGCCAGCCACAGGGGUCGCCGGUGCGCCGUGAGCCAAGGAUUCCCCAGCCGACCUAAGCCCUCCCCACCCGGGCAGCGCUUGGCCAAUUGUGCGUGGCCCCCUGGGAACUUAAAAAUGAGUUAAUGAUUUUUCAGUCCAGAAGCAUUUAUCACUAUUUUAUAACCAGUUUAUACAAUGAGUUUGGAGUGUGUGCAUGUUCUUCUUUGUGAAACUUCACUUUCUCAAUUCAAUAUUUGGGAAUUUUGCCUUUUUUUCCCCAAAUUGGUGCUUUAAAAAAAAAAAAAAACUUAAUAUGAAACACCAUUGUUAGUGUUGUACAUUUGUCUUUUUUUUGUAAUAUAGUACAGUAUAUAUUAGUAACCAUUAGGAUUAUCUUCAGUUUCAGUGCUUAAUGUUUUGCAAUGGGGAAAAAGAAAGACAGACAGACUGGUUCUUAAACACACAGACAGUGCUCCACAAUCAUGUUCAGUUGAACACUGCAAUAUAAUUGUGUUGUCUGUAAUCUUUCUGUGCACUGCUUUAUUAGAAUAAAGUAAAGAAAGACCUUGGUUCUUAAAGCUGCACACAGACUGUGCCCCACAAUCAUUACCCUAAUAAUAAUAAAGGCAAGACUGAAUGUAAAUAUAGGAAUCAAUGCAGCACAAUAGUACUGUAUGCAAAGAUGAACACAGUAAUUGAAAAGUGCUUUUUGUUUGUUUUGGUUCGUUAUCCACCAUUGUCCAAUUGUGAUGAAACAUAGUUAUUGAAAGUAUGUUAGACUACUCGGUGCCUCUCCAUUUUCAAUGUGCAAAUGGUGAAUGUAGGUCUUGGUGAUUUUUCUUUUUCUUUCCCAUUCAGGUUUUUUAUGAAGGGUUGUUCUUUGCAACGUGGCGGGGGGGUGGGGUGGGGUGUAUGUAGCCGACACAUUUGUAUAGCCAGCUGUCAGCCAGGAAUGCUCAUUUUGCCAGUCAGUUCUGCUUCAUCUUAAUCUUUUUUUUGUUUGUUUUAAUACAAGUUAUUUAAAACUUUCAUUUGUAUUAUUUCAACCGGAGAAAAAAAACACUUAUGUACUGCAUAAAUAAACUUGUUUUAAAAUGUAAAAAA